GAAAGCAUCCUGGCGUUAGCAGUUCCCUCUCCGCCGACUAAAGCACUCAAAAAAAGUAAAAUGUAGACAUUUCCGCGGCGAAUAAUCGCGUCUUUGCUUCUGCCGGAGGUAGAGGAGACAGAGGAGCAGCCGCGGCGGCCCGUUCCGACCCGUUCCGGACCGUGUUAUCCGAAGAGGCCAGUCAACACCAGCGACUAGCUAACAUUCAAACUUUGACAAUUCGCUAGCUCGCUGCUGACGCUACUUUCUCAAUUCACUACGAUCCACACUAGCUAGAGAGGUAACACCGCCUGCUGUUGUGGCUGCUGGUGUUGUGACGGUUCACACACCGCCUUAUUCCGAUCAGCCAUUUACCAAGCGGCAGGGUUAACGUGAGUAACCUGUAACUACCGCUAACUUGGCCAUAAUAGACCUCUGUUUUUUUUGCAGCUAACGCUAGCAUUAGCCACUUCAGCUGUGUUGUUUUUACUCUGACUGCAUAUCUGUGAUUCACGCACUCUCACACAGCUCUUGUGAGUGAUCGAGAGCAGUUGGAGGCGAUCGAAAAUCAAACAGCAGCGGAAAUCUGAACAGCGGUACGUCUUGGACAGUUUUCUGAUUGAUUUGAGUCAGUGACAGGAGACAAACAGCAGGAUGUCAGAUUCGAGCGGAUUAACGUCGGAACAGCAGCAUUGUCUCAAAAACAGUCGCCCUCUCAUUCCGAUCACGCUCCUGUGAGUCUCCACGAUGCUUUUGCAGUAGAAUAUCUCGAAUACUUGUGCGCGUGUCUCUUUAAAAUCUGACAAACCGUACAAAUCGAAUCGUAAACAGUGUGUGUAGGCUUCAGCCUCCUUCUCUUUAAGUUAUGUCUGGGGACGCCUCUGACAGCAGCGAUGACUCUGAUGGGAAAACAAAUGAAAAGGCCUGCACUGUCAAACAUCAGAUCACCAGUGCUAACCUCACAGGUCACACUGAAAGAGUUGGCAUGGAGAACUUUGAGCUGCUCAAAGUCUUGGGCACUGGAGCUUACGGAAAAGUCUUCCUGGUCAGGAAGAACAGCGGCCAUGAUGCGGGCCAGCUGUACGCCAUGAAGGUGUUGAAGAAAGCAGCUAUCGUUCAGAAGGCGAAGACAACCGAACACACUCGCACGGAGAGGCAGGUGCUGGAGCACAUCCGUCAGUCUCCCUUCCUGGUCACGCUGCACUAUGCCUUCCAGACUCAGAGCAAGCUGCAUCUCAUCCUGGAUUAUGUGAGCGGCGGGGAGAUGUUCACUCAUUUGUACCAGAGGGAUCACUUUUCUGAGGAGGCAGUGAGGAUUUAUAUUGGGGAAAUCAUUCUGGCUCUGGAGCACCUGCACAAGCUCGGGAUCGUGUACCGAGACAUCAAAUUGGAAAACAUUCUCCUGGACAGCGAAGGACACAUCGUGUUGACAGACUUCGGCCUGAGCAAAGAGUUUCUGGAAGAGGAGAAGGAGAGGACUUAUUCUUUCUGUGGCACUAUUGAGUACAUGGCUCCUGAGAUCAUCAGAGGGAAGGCAGGGCAUGGCAAGUCGGUUGAUUGGUGGAGCCUUGGGAUCUUGAUGUUUGAGCUGCUGACGGGAGCGUCUCCUUUUACCUUGGAGGGAGAGAGGAACUCCCAGAGCGAGGUGUCAAAACGGAUAUUACGCUGUGAUCCACCGUUCCCCUCCAUGAUCGGCUCCACAGCGCAGGACCUGCUGAAGAAGCUGCUGGUGAAAGACCCCCACAGGAGGCUGGGCUCUGGGCCCCGAGGGGCCGAAGACAUCAAAGCACAUCCUUUCUUCAAGGGCCUGAACUGGGCCGACCUCUCAGAGAAGAAGGUGGAGAGCCCCUUCAAGCCCGAGCUGAAGAGUGAACUGGACGUCGGGAACUUCGCGGAGGAAUUCACGGGGAUGGAUCCGGUGUAUUCCCCGGCGAGCACGCCCCCGAGCACAGACCGUCUGUUUCAGGGCUACUCGUUCAUCGCUCCCUCCAUCCUUUUCAAUAAGAACGCCGUCAUGGGAGACUUUGUCGAAUCUCAGAUCGGAGCUGACCGACCUGCUUCUGCGUCUGUCCAGCGCAGCGCCAUGUUACAGGAAUCCCAGUUUUUCCAGCAUUACGAGCUGUGUCUUCACGGCCCGCCACUGGGUGAGGGGAGCUUCUCUGUGUGCAGAAAAUGCAAACACAAGCAGACUGGACACGAAUACGCCGUCAAGAUCGUCAGCCGCAGAAUGGAGGCGUACACUCAGAGGGAGAUUGCUGCCUUGAGGCAAUGCGAGACUCACCCCAACAUUGUCAAGCUGCACGACGUCUACACCGAUCAGUAUCACACAUACUUAGUGAUGGAGCUUCUGCAGGGCGGAGAGCUGCUGGAAAGGAUCAAGAGGAAGAAACUGUUUGGCGAGGCAGAGGCCAGUCAGCUUUUACAGUGUCUGGUCUCAGCGGUCAGCUUCAUGCACGACGCUGGAGUCGUGCACAGAGAUCUCAAACCGGAGAACGUGCUGUUUACGGAUGAGAGCGAGGACUCUGUGCUGAAAGUCAUAGAUUUUGGAUUUGCCCGCCUGUGCCCGGCGGGCAGCGCCCCCCUGCAGACGCCCUGCUUCACCCUGCAGUACGCCGCGCCGGAGCUUUUCGAGAGCGCGGGAUACGACAAAGCCUGCGACCUCUGGAGUCUGGGGGUCAUCCUGUACACCAUGCUGUCAGGCCAGGUGCCGUUCCAGAGUGAGCAGGGUGGGAUGACCUCUUCCUACGCGGCAGACAUCAUGCAGAAGAUAAAAGAGGGCGAUUUCUCGUUAGACGGAGAGGCCUGGAAGGGCGUUUCAGACGACGCCAAAGAACUUGUUAAAGGCCUGCUGACGGUGGAUCCAGAACGGCGUCUGAAGCUCUCCGACCUGAAGGAGAACAGCUGGCUGCAGGGCGGAGCGUCCAUGUCUACUACUCCUUUGUGCACUCCAGAUGUGUUGGAGUCCAGCGGGCCGACGGUCCGCACCUACGUUAAUGCUACGUACAAGGCUUUCAACCGCGGCAAGAGAGAGGGCUUCUUUCUGAAGAGCGUCGACAACGCUCCCCUCGCGAAACGGCGGAAGCUGAAGAUGACGAGCACCGGCGUGGAGACCCGAUGGAGCUCGUCCUCCUCCUCCUCCUCCUCCUCGUCCACCUCCUCCUCUGCCUCCGCAACACCAUCCAAAGCACAGCCAAAGCAAUCUGUGAGCCCAAAGCAGAGCUAGCUAGAAUGACAGGGAGGGAGAGCAGCCUGGAAGUGAAGAGGUAUGUGCUCGGUUCCAAACGACACACUGGAGCAUCAGAACACUACUGGGUUGAAGCUGGGGGGCAGGUGGUCUUCUGGGGGAAGACGGAGUCGUCCAUUCAGACACACAUUCAGCAUCUGUUUUGCAUGGAUUCUCAUUUAAACCAGCAUCUUAUCGAACAGCAGCUCAGCGGAACUGAACAUAUCUGUAGUUUUAGUCACGUUUUCAGACUGCUGCGAUCUUUGAUAGUGUGUAUCAAUAAAGCAGAGACGGGAAGACUUUUUCUGCAAAUAAACCUGGAAUUAGCGAGAAAUCUUAAUGUCUAAUCCUUAAUGCAUUCAAGAUAAAGUGCAGAAGUCUUUGGACGUUUAUUUGCUCCGUGACAUUAAAAACUGCCUCCCCCAGCUUCGCUCUGAAGCUCCAAAUGCAGACCUGAUUUGCACAUCUUCAUCCUUCACGCUGUGAUCCCCACAAACCAAACCUGCGCUUUCCUCGGUGCGCCCGGGAGAGACGAUGCAGCUUGGAAAAGAUUUUAUUACUUCUUCAGUAUUUACUCGCCAUGAUCUGGUGACGCCACACACUAAGCGUUCAGCAUGAGACAUUUCCCCCAUGUUCACAGUGCCUGGCUAUAAAUAGGGAAAAAGGGAAAAAAGGAGCCAUAAAUGAGCAGAAGCCAUAUAUCUACAGCGGAGGAGGUGAAUCCUUUAAUUCAGUCGUGGUCAAGACACAAGUUUGCACACAGCAAAUGAACAGUCCUUCCAGUGAUUUGCUGGCUAAAACCUUUGAUCACAGGAUCUGUUUUUUUUUUUUUUUCUCUCUCCAGUUUACCACAAAUACAGUAUUCAGCAAAACAGCAGACCGCAGAAGUGCAGCGCCGCAUGUCGCCGCUCUGCUCUGGGUCUCCGGGAACGGUUUCUGGAAUUUUUCUGAGCGUAGUUUGAGUUCCAAGUUCAGUGGUUUUGCAGUAUUUGCAGAGAAUGUAAAGGAUCAAAUGGUCACAAAAGACCAAAUCGCUGUAAGAAAUGAGCGCUGAGGGGAAAACGGGAAAGAUGACAAACAUCUUCCCUGUGGGAUGAACUUUGAACUGCGAUGACCUUCAGUCCAAAGCAGCUGGAUCUCCUUCACACUACAACGCCACAGUUCUCAGCGGACACAGUGGAGCUCGGAUCUCGGAUUAAACGUCUCGUUGGAAUCAGUCGCAGUCCUACAGCGGGCGCUGUUUCUCAUCUUACUCGCUGUACAUUACUCGCGUUAUUGUGCCGGUCUGAAAAUUGCUCGCAUGCUUAUCUCUUGUGACGUGGAUCUUUUUCUAUAUUUUGGUAUCUCGGACUGAUGAAUGAUAAUGUUAUCUUUUAAUUUUUCUUUCUUUUUUUUUUUUCUAAAUGCUACGAAACGCAACAGGAGUGUUUGCACGUGGAGGAGAGACGUGUGUUUGGGUGACUCUGAGCACACGCUGCCUGGAAUGAGUGAAUUUUUAACUUUUUAAAGGUAUUAUUGUUGGGGUCGGCACAUAUGAGGCUCUUACAAACACAAACCCAUUUCAUAGAGUCGGAUGUCACUGCCCGAUGAUCAGCUUGUCGUCAUUUUCACCUUCAACCUGACGGCGUCACAGGAAACGACAUGAAGCCAGGAGUUUUUGGGAGGUCAUCUUGUUGCUGUGUAUAUAUUCAUUCUGAUUUACAGCCACAAUCAUGUCGGAAACAAUUUGACAGUUGUUUUAUUGGUAUUUAGUCUCCUGAUGUAAUGUUCUUAUCAGACUUUUUCUUUUUUUUUUUUACUUGUUGCACAGUCAGUUGAUCAAUUAGACACAUUUCGGCUUUGAAGGUGCUUUCACUGAUAUUUAUUACAUGUAUUUGAUUUUAAUGCUGUGGUAAUGGGAUGAUCGUACUUUGGCUUUUGUUGUGCGUGUGCGUGUGUGUGCGUGUGGUGCUGGGAGAUUGAUUGUAUUGAGAUUUCUGUGCCAGAUGAAGCAUUAUUACAAGUUACUGUAUUGUUUUCUAGUCAUCGUUUGCAGCCAUUGUCUGUAACUGAUUGUUUUGUGUUUGGUAUUUUUCCUUAUGAAAUGGCUCUUGUUGGUUCAUCGCUGUUGAUAUUUUGUCGUCGUAAAUGGUAUUUCUCUCCUUUUUUUCCCCCCUAUUUUAUUUGUGACGUUCCUUCACUGAAAUGCACUGUCACUGUUGUUGUAACUGGGAUUUGAUCUUUUGCACCAUGAUUUUUCUGACUGGUGCAAGUAAACAUAACUUUGAAAUAGA